UGACUCACGAAAGACUAAAGCAAAGUUCUUGUCGAAAAAUUGGAAGCAAUUGAGCCAGAUCCAUUUCUACUGUCGAUCUGAUGAAGAAUGGGUUCAGUUUCCAUCGCCGACAUCCUGCUGUCCGUGCUGUUUUCAUUCCUGAUUGUGAUUGACAUCAUUGGCAAUGUAUUGGUUUGCCUGGUUGUUUAUCGCAGUAAGCAGAUGAGGAGACCCAUGAACUAUCUUCUGGUGAACCUUGCUGCAGCGGACAUUGUGAUUGGUCUAUUUAUGUUGCCUAGACACGUGUUUAACCACGCCUUUGAUCACCCGACAGGUACAUCCGGGAACUUUCUUUGCAAGUUCAUCACCGGUGGCGUCUUCAUCUGGUUGAGUGCGGCUUCAUCCGGGAUCUUACUGAUCGCCAUUGCUACUGCACGUUAUUUUGCUAUCGUGCAUCCUUUCAGAACUAACUUCCGGUUAAAUACCAAACGCGUUCUUUGUAUAAUGGCGUUAUCUUGGGGUUUCGCAUGUCUGUUGUCAGGGCCAAGUAUGUCUGCCAUGGUUUACGUCCCAGGAAAAGACUUCUGUGUGGAAGACUGGGCCAAAUGGUAUCCUGAACAAAUCCACGUUGCGUUUGUUUUCGCGGUAAAUUGCUUGGUUCCUAUAAUCACUAUGUCACUGUUGUAUUUAAAAAUCAUUUAUAAACUGUGGCGCAAUGAAGAUGCCAUAACAAGUUCAGUUCAGCUUGCUCGACUCAAAUCACGCAAACGUGUUACCGUCAUGCUGAUUAUUGUAACAUUAGUACAUACUUUGUGUUGGUCUCCUAACUAUGUGCUGUAUUUACUGAUAUUUUUCUCUCCUGGAUUUCAUUACGGCUCAACAACUUAUAUCAUCACUGUUUUGUUAAUACUUCUUAACGCAACCGCUGACCCACUUUUGUACACUUGGUACAUGGAUGGGUUCAGGAGGGGUAUACGGAACAUGCUCUGUUGCUAUAGAAACAGGGUGCGCGCUGUAGACAACUCUGGCAAGAAAGUCAACGAGACACCUUACAGAAUAGGAUUCUCAGGCACAACUGAAGCGAACAACGAUCAGGGGAAUGAUGCAACUACCUUUUGAAUGUACAAUAUAUGUAAAAUGGUGUCUGAUUUGAAUCGACUGUUCUAUGGACACAGUUGGUGAUUGUGGAUUAUUGCCAGAAAAACGUCAACUGCAUGCGAGCCUCCUACGCCACUGCAUUGUCGCCCCGUGAGAUGCCAUAUUCUUGGGUUUAAGGGACGUUUGACUGAGCAGUGGUAAAAGGUCCUGGGUCAAGCGUCCAAUCAGAAAUGGCGCUAACACUCCGGCUGAAGAUUGUGACGUCAGCUCUCCCUAGUGAGCAAGGAAACCUCCUUCCCAGGGUGCUUUCUUCUCCUCGUUGUGUUUUUUACGAGGGGAGCGACAAACAGAGAGUAAUCUAGUAGUGACGCCAGUCUCAGAUGGGGUUUCUGCUUGACCUACGAGAAGAAGUGUUUAUUUUCGGACGCCAACGCAAAUGUAAACUCCGGAUUCUCGUUAUAACUAUAUGCAUAUCAUAUUGUUUCAUUCAUAGGCGUGUCCUCACGACUCGUCUGUUUCUUGGAACAGAUUUCCAUUGGGAUUUUUCUGAGUAUUUUUUUGUUUGAAAUGUAAGGCUAUUAUGUUACCACACAAACCUACUGGCAACUGGGAA